GAUCGGACCGCGCAAGAAAGUAAGCCCGAUCUCAGUUCGAACGGUUCACUGCGAUCGGUUCGCUCCGUCUUUGGUUUUACCGGUUUGCUGCGCGCCACUCGAUCGCACACGAAGAUCCUUCCGGUACUUUGUUGGCCGACGAACGACGUCUCAGAGGAUAUGCCGCACCGCUUCCGGCGCUUCUGUUCGCUGCCUCUUCUAACGCACGGGAAUCCUUCGACACCCCUGAUGCCCGUAGCUGCUGGUCGCUCCAGUUAUAUCGCCGUGAAAUUAUCCAUUGACUUUGCAUUGCCAGCUAUUUUCAAACAAUGGUGGCUUUGGUGGUUACUUUUGCCAGGAUGUCUGGCAUCUUGGACGAAAUACAUAGAAGAAUACGAUUCCAUCAGAGUUGCUAGAUGCGACGUCCGUUGCGGUGGCAAUUAUCCUGACGACUGUAUGGAAAAUUGCUUGGCAUCCAAUUACACAAAACCUGGUUACUGUCCUGAUAAAGCAUCCAUGUCACCCUUUGAAGCUGUUUGUUUAAUAGCUUGCGUCGAUGACUCUCGUUGCCCAGAUUUAGCAAAAUGUUGCAGGCAUGAUUGCGGUGUCACGUGUAUGCAUCCCAUCGGUUUAGACAAUAUAACUGAUUUACCUGCGAUACCCGAAAAUAUACAAAUUAGACAGCAGAAAAAUAACUUUGUCCUGUUGACUUGGCAUAAUUCCAAGGCACAGCAUGCCGAUGAAUCUACCACUGGCAACAAAGAUGUAAGAUAUUUGGUUGAAGAGCGACAUUUGCUUGGACCAAGGUACCUGGAAUCGAGAUUAAGUCCGUGGACAAUUCGUCAUAUUUCAACGAAAUCACACGCGACAAUUCGAGAACGAUUGAAAACCGGACACUGGUAUCAAUUUCGUGUAGCAGCCAUUAACGCAAAUGGCUCCCGAGGGUAUUCCGAAUCUUCCAGACCUUUUAAAACGAAAGAGCCACGGAAUCCAAAAGAGCCACAGAACUUAACAUUGUCCGACGCACGACUGGUAGAUGGGAAAUUACGCAUUAGCCUGAGAUGGAUUAAGCCAGCCUCAGACGUGCCAAUAACAUAUUACAAAGUAUUUUGGAGCCGGCUUGUUCAUGGUCCAACCAAUGAUUCUAUUCUCGUUUAUCAUAGAACAGUUCUGAAAGAUAAGACUUGCUACGAACUGAAAAACUUGGAACCCAGGUGCCAAUACUUUCUUCAAGUGCAAGCUGUUGCAUUGUACGGUGGUCGGCGAUUGUUGUCGCGAAAAGCAUCGAAAGUUUUCAAUAGCACCGAUUACAUGGCAUACGGUAAGAUGAAAUUCCAGCCUGCUCUUCUUCCAUCUGCUACUGGUACUUUUUGUUGAGCCUAAUAAUUGGGAUAACAAACGAAGAAGUGCCCUUUCAUUGAAGCCGAUAUGGGGAGACGAUCUCGCAGAUGCGAGCGAUACCAUGGCGAUCUUCAUUUGCGGCGAAUGACUUGUCACUGCGGCGAGGUCAAGGUACGUUUGGUUUGGCCGAUGAACCACGAUGUAAAGGCAUACAACGUCUCCUGGAGAGAGGCAUCCUGCUCAGAUUCGCGGGAAAAACUCGUAUCCCGUCGAAAGAGAGCCUGGUGGAAACUUGUUCAGACACCACACCUUGAAAUAAAGCAUCUUCAAAGUGAAUGCACAUACAACGUGAACGUACGAAAUGUAUUCAACAAUAUAAAUAAUGACGAGAACGGUGCCAGUCUAGAAUUUUUUGCUACUGGAUGUUCGAAACAAUCGAAAGAACAAAAAGACAAUAAGCUCUUGCAUAAUAAAAUAAUGCAAUGUAAAACUAAGUCGGCAAAGAGGAAACGACAUUACGCUACUUAUUUCUAAUGAAAUGGCCCUUUGGCCACAAGCGAAUAUAUCAUCACUAUUUUUAGGAAUUAAAUGUUCAAAUAAUCAAAUAAACUUAAUAAGUCUCUCAAAUGUUUGUACUGUGUGUAUCAUUAAAUAAUCAUAAAGGAAAUACCAAACAAAAUUUUCAAUUCAUCAUCUUCACAUUGACCGAAAAGAAGUAUACAUGUAUGUACCAUAAAAUGAUUGUGAAGUAUCGUCAUUAAUGGUAAGAAAUUUCUAAUGUUCUUGAAUGUUACUAGUUGUUUCUUGUUUAUUAGACAUUUAUGAUGAUAUAAGUAUCUCUGUAAGAGAAUCAUAAGAGAAUAGUACUUGUGUUUCAUGAAAUUUUUCUACAAAAACAAUAUAUUUAAAAGUGUAAAUUUCGUAACUUGCAAUAAGUAUGUCAUCCAGAAAG